AUAUUUUUUGUUACUAGUAGCUUCUUGUUCCUAGCAGUAAGGCCAGGAGCUACUAGCUGCGUCCACGCUGUGCAACGCCCGCCUCCCCCCGAGGUGGGAGAACCUCCCGGAGUGCACGCCUCUGUGCAACGCGGAUUUGCUGAGGGCCGGGCGGAAUCUCGUGAUGGAUCCGGCCUGUGAGAGUUGCAUCGCUGGCGAGGAGUGCAACUGCACGGUGAGCUGCGAGACCGGCUUCGAGAUCCAUGGUGGAGGUCCUCCGGGCCCCCGCAGUUGCAGCCUAGAGGAUCUCAGUUUGGGGCCUGCGCCCGUGUGCCGACAGCCGCAGGCCGGUGAGCCGGGGCACUUGCCCACCUGCCCCACGCCAGAAGUGGCCCAUGCAGCAGUGGAUUGCCAGUGCCACGAGUCACCGGAUGGGUGCACGUGCCCGAUCUUUUGCCUUCACACCCAUGGCAACAUCAAGGCAGAGGAAGCGCCCGAGGGUGACAAGCAGUGCACCAUCGAAGACCAGAUGCCACCGGCUGCCACCUGUAGCGACUUGAGCAAAGAGGAAGACUGCUUGGGGCACUCACAGGAGGGCGAGCCCUGCUGCUUCCGCGAGGAGGGCCUCUAUGCGAACUGCCACGACGGCGGGUGUGAGGCUAUUCCAAGCUCGGUCUGUGCGCCGCGAUCGGACCCGAAGAUGUUCUUCGUCCCGACGAGCUGCGCCAAGUCCUUGUUUUCCAAGUGGCAGGAGAUGCCCGACUGUCAGCCCCGCUGUGUGCCGAAGAACCUCGUGGGUGAUCAUCUGGACUUGAAGGACUGUGACAACUGCAUCGCGGGGCAAACAUGCGACUGCAAGGUGAAGUGCAUGGAUGGCUUUGAACGCGUCGGUGGCGGUUCCGAGGGCGACCGCAGCUGCACGGUCGACGCCUUGGACUUUGAGGAAGCGCCCGUGUGCCAGGAGAAGGAGGCCACGCCACAGUGCGAGGCUGUGUUCAGCACGGACAGCUUCACGGCAAGUCCGGACUGCGCGGCCUGCCGAGCCGACGAGCCCUGUGACUGCAAGGUCGAGUGCCAGAAGGGCUUCAAGAUCUUCACCGACGUACAGGAGGGGGAGAAGAAGUGCUACAAGGACCCUGACUACGCUCUGAAGAAAAGCACCGAAGCGUGCGCGGAAUUCCACAGUGAAGAAGAAUGCUUAGAAGGAGAAGCAGAUGGUGUGCCCUGCUGUUGGAGAGGUUCCCUCGAGCUUGACAGCACGGGAAAGCCUGUCGGUGCUGGCUGGGGUGGAAGGCUAUGUGCCAAGAAGGGCGACAGCAUGAUCAAGAGGCACACGCCGCCAGAUGCUUGCGCUGCCACCCAAGGAGCCAAGAUGGAUCCCCUUCCCGUUUGCAAGCAGCUCUGCGUGAAUCAGUUCGCCACGGCCCAAAAUGUGGUGGAGGAGAAUUGCGAUGAGUGCUUCGUGGGAGAGGAAUGUGGCUGCACUGUGAAGUGCGAGGAGGGCAUGAUUCAAAAGUCAGGUGAGAAAGGCUCAAAGAAGUGCGGUGAUGGUGAAGACAAGACCUCCUUCGGUGAGCCCUUGGUGUGCGAGCCCAAGAAGCCGCCAGAGGUGCCGCGCUGUCCGACUCCCAGGGAUGUCGCUUGGAAGGUGAGCGGCUGCAGGAACUGCAAGGCGGGUGACAAGAACUGCAAGUGCGACGUUCGCUGUGAAACAGGUUACAAACACACUGGAGGUGGUGAACCAGGAUCGAAGGAGUGCGUCUCGAAGAUCUAUGAGUGUGCACCCAGUUUGACUUGGAAAGACGGGCAAUGCUUAGCUGGUGGCAAGCCGGAGUAUACCUUUUGCUGCCACGAAGCCAUCGAGGGCACCGUGGAGCUAGAUGCUUCGAGCGACUGCGCCAGUUUGACGAAAGAGAGGUUGUGCUUGGGUGGGAAGGAUCUGACCACGCAAGAGGCUUGCUGUUGGAGAGCUGAAGGCUUUACAGAUGGGAAGAAGUGCGCCGCCCGUGGCUCCGCCGUGAUUACAAACGACCACCGCGUCCAAGCCUGCGCCGAUCGACCGAAGAUCCUCUGGGGCCUCUACGAGGACCUUCCAAUGUGUCAGGAGAAGUGCAAGAACCCCUACCAGGCAACCUACAAACAGAUGAUCUACGGGGGCUUCGGCUUGAAGGUCACCGGCUGCGACGACUGCGUGCCUGGCGAGAAGGACUGCAACUGCAAGGUGAACUGCAAGCAAGGCUAUGUCCAUGUCGGUGGAGGAAAGGAAGACAAGGAUGGCAUGCGCAUGUGUGAUGCCAAGACCAAGAGCUUUCCACUGGCCCCCACCUGCAUGAAGAAGCCUUCGCCACCGCAGUGCAGUGAUCCCAGUGAGGAGGAUACCCUGAAAGUGAAGGGCUGUAGAUUUUGUACUCCCGGAGAGAAGUGUGACUGCAAGAUCGAAUGCCCCUACGGUUCGGGCCACAACUCGGGCUCCACCGGCAACAAGGAGUGCACUGCGGUCCCCGCGACGCUCACAGAGGCAACCUGUAGUGAGAUCAAAAGCAAGCACAGCUGCCUCAGCAGCGCGGAGUCGAAGAUGCCCUGCUGCUAUCGCCAGGCCGGCUUCGGAAAUCCUCUUCACGUUUGUGCGAAACAGGGUUCGGAGGACAUCCAAGACGCACCUGACAAGUGUGCUCGCCUGGAGGUCGCCAUCUUCCCGGAUCUGCCCAACUGCGUGCCCAUUUGCUUAAAGAGCUUCCACUUGCAAGGGAGGAGCUACAAGACGGAAAAUUGCGAACGUUGCCUGGCCGAUACACCUUGUGAUUGCAAGAUGACCUGUCGGGACAAUUACGAGUACGUGGGUGGAGAGAAGGAAGGUUCCAGGGGCUGCACGGUCUCCAACACCUACCUGCCGCCACCCCCGGUUUGUCACAAGAAGGACGUGCCCAAGUGCACAGAACCGGACAAGGACUCCCUGCAGAAAGUGCGCCUCAGCAACUGCGGGAGCUGUAUUGCUGGCUCCACCGACUGCAGGUGUACGGCCACGUGUUUGCCGGAGCACAUUCUGAUGCCUGGAUCGGAGGUCAAAGAGGGCCUCAAGAGGUGCCUGGCUGUGGAUGCCACCUCGGGUGCGAUGCCUUGUGAAGAGAUCACAAGUGGCAAGAACUGCGCCAAAAAGUUGUACAAUGGAAAGCGAUGCUGCUGGGAGAGAGGGAUGAUGGGCUACGGAAAUUGCUACACUCAGGGUAGCUCAAAGAUGUCCAAAUGGGGCGACACGGACAAGCCCAAGUGUGCACCGCUACAAGUGGGGCGCUAUGAGGACUUCCCUACCUGUGUGCCCACAUGCAAGAAAAAGUUCCACGAAUAUCCUGGGCUGGACUAUGACAAGAAGGUGUGCGAUGUUUGCACACCAAAGAGAUAUCCUGGCCAGGAGGCCUGUCAGUGCAGCGUGAAAUGCGCCGAAGGCUUUCGCCCAGUGGGCGGCCCACCCGAGGGGCCGAGGUCGUGUGACCCCAACGACAAGCACGGCGGCGGCGCAAGCAUCAGCGGUGGUGCAUUUUUGUCACCACCUGCCUGCAUCAAGAAGUUAGAUCCACCUCGUUGUUCCAGGCCAGAGAUGCCAGGAAUGAAAGUCACAGGGUGCAACUGCCAGGUGGGUCAGGAGAAUUGCCCCUGCCAUUUCGAUUGCGAGGAUGGGUACAGGGUCACACAGGGCAAGCCCGGAGAUCAGAAGUGCAUCCAGGUGGCGAAUACGGCCCUGCAGACGGGCAAGUGCAAGAAGGCCUUCUACCGAAAUGAGUGCCUCCAGAUGCAAGAGCAGACCGAGAACGGUCUCAAGCCCUGCUGUUGGAGGAGCAAAGGCUUUGGAAUGCCCUUGGAGAAUUGCCGCGCAGAGGGACAUGAGGAUAUCCAGGCGGCUUGGACGCCCGACGCUUGCGCUGCUCCGGUCGCUGGAGCCUUCGUGCCGUUAUUCCCCAACGGUGAAGUGCUCGAGAACAGCCCAGCCUUCACUUGCACUCCCACCUGCGAGAACAUCUUCGCGCAGAACAGCGACCUGGAGCACGAGAAUUGCGACAACUGCCGGCCGGAUGAGGAGUGCAAGUGCACGGUGAAGUGCAAGGAUCCGCUCAAACCGGUCGGAGGCAACACUGGCUUACGGCGCUGCUUGAUGCAGGGCGGUCUCGCGCAGUUUGAGCCGCCACCCGACUGCCUGCAGCCCUGUGAGACACCGGAUCACAAAGAUGGUACCUUAGACGUGAGCCGCUGCAAGAAUCGCUGUGUGCCUGGAGACAAGGACUGCGAGUGCUACGUGGGUUGCGCCUCGGGGAACUUCCGCGUGGACGGAGGUCAAGAAGGCUUCAAGCAGUGCACCGUCACCAAUUCGGGGAACCAGCACCUGAGCUUGCCCGUUUGUCGGCCCAAAUGCGUGAAACCUGAAAACCAGUUUGGAACCUUAAACACGAAUAAGUGCGCCAGUUGCAUUGUCGGCAAGAAGUGCGAGUGCGAGCUGAGCUGCUUCUUCGGUUCCAGUUCAAGUGGUGCUCAGAACGGUCAAAAGACCUGUGCCUUUGUCAAGGGGGAUGAAAAUACGCCAGCUGCAGCUCAGUGGGAGCCAGUGGAGGGUGCCACUGAGGAGAACCCUGCCGGCGUGCCACAAUGCUUGCCUCCCAUCAUCAUCAAGGUGGACGAUGCCCGGAGCAAGAAGCCUUUGCCGGGUGUCACGAUCACCAUCACGGUGCCUUACAACACCGGCAGCUCUGCGCGCAAGACCAUUGCGAAGCUCUACACGGACCAGUCUCCGAACAAAGACCUCUCCGUGUCUUUCUCCACGGAAGCGCGUGACAUUCACGCCACGUUGGAGAAAGAGAAGUAUGCCACCAUCAAACGGAAACUGGAUCGAGGGAAAAACUGCCAGGAUGAGACCAAGUGCGAGUUCCAUUUCGCCAUGUCCGAAGAACUUGAGGGUGGCAAGCUUUAUCCCGAAGGCUGUUUCAUCAUCGGCAACCCAAAGAGCAUUGAGUGGGACAUGCGCGCAGUCUUGGAAUGGGAGGAACAGCCAGCGGACUUGGACAUCUGGGCCCGGAACUACGACUGCUAUCGGAACG